AUGAUCGCCAACUUGCCGCUGCUUUUUGCGAACGGUAACCCAACAGAUCUCUCUAAAAUCACAUCUGCUGAUUUAGAGAAGUUCAUAACAUUUAUGGUAACAUGUUCUUGGGGUCAUGAUACUGCGAAAGAUAUCCGGCAGCCGCCUUGGUGGCCGAGAAACGUUGCUUUCUCGCACCCCUUCGUAAAACCUUGGAAAGUGCCGCAUGACUGGCUGUCGCGAUUAAAAAAUUUAGUGAAAAGAUGUUAUGAGUAUCACGACAGUUCGUUUUUGUUAGGGUUCUCUGCUCAUUUGGCACGAUAUCCUCGAAACAUUCUCACCUAUGUCGACAACAACGACCAUACGACAUCGCUUUACCAUGCACCGUCUGGCCGUCUACUGGUGACAUUUCGUAAUGAGAAUGUAUUGUAUGAUAAACCAGCUGAGAUUUAUUUAUGUGAUACUUGUGAUAGUCACUUUGACAAUAUAGAGGUUCUGAAAGCCCAUGAGAGACUUUGUAACAACAAGAACUUCCAAUCAGGUUCUUGUACAGGGACCUUAGAAGAGUUUCUCUCAGCAUUAAAACUUAAGCCUGCACAAGAAGACACUCAAAAUAAUGAUAAAACCCCUGAAAACUGUUUGCUUGGUACUAAGCCAAGACACUCCCGCAGUACUGCAAAUGUUGAGAGGGGUCAUCCAUAUCCUUUUUCAUCAUUAGCAUAUAUGAAAAAUGCAAAAAUUAAUGUAAAUAGGGAUACCAGUUAUUCUCGAGAAAGAACAGAAAGGUAUUGCUGUACAUCAACAAUUAGUAAAAAUGUAGCUAGUAAAGGAAGAAAUCAAACAUUUCCAGUUAGAUACAAAAGACCAAUAGAUUAUUGGCAUCGAAAACAUGUGUUCCCAAAUCAGCGGUAUAAGAAAAUACUUGAUUUAAAAGGGCAGUUGUUGGUUUUAACCUGUAGACCCAUUACUGUAAAUAUAGAAAGAAUGGGUCUGGAAAAGAUUCAGGAGUACAUAGAUAAUCUCAAACAAGAAGCACUGAACAGGCAGUGUGAAGACAAAGAUGUUGUGUUUGUAGAGCCUGUAGUGGAACCUAUGCAUGUGGAUGUUAAAGGUAGUGAUCCUUUAAAUAAAACAGGCAAUGAGUGUGAAGUUAUUGAUCUAUGUUCAGAUGAUGAAGAAUCUAGUGUAAAUGAGAACUGUGACCCCCGUGCGGGAACCACUUGUGUUAUUCGAGGUGGGGCUGUCCUAAGACGUACAGCUGCCACACCUAAUGCUAUUCCCGCUGAGCCCUGUGGUGCUCGAGAGAAACCUAUCUCCUCUCUCAUUUUACAACCCCACCCCGUCAUUCUUAUUACACAUUCUUUGAACAAUUUACAGACUAUAGCUAUAGAUUAA